AUGCUCGGCGUAGUGAACAGGAACCUUCCUAUCGGCAUCGACAGCUUGAUAUAUAUACAUAAAUACCACUACUCACACCAGAUUAACUGUCCCACAAUCCCAACCAACGACCGGACCUAUACGACCACCCAAGAAAGCCCGUCCUACACCGCAUCUGUACACAACGAGACCCCCAUCCUCCUCCCAGCCUACCUGACCACAACCCUCACCAUCCCCUUCCUCCUCCCGCCAGCCUUCCCUGCACUCGUCUACCUCCUCGCCACCUACACAUGCCUGCUCGCAACUCUCUCCUCCGCGCUCUGGAUCUGGCGCAUAGGCCACGGCUUGCACUGCACUUUGGACAGGAGUAAUGGAACGAUGCGCCCGUACAAUCCGGCCAGUUCGCAGCAACAGCACAACCAGUGA